ACAUACACCCCAAGGCUCUUUUCAGAGCCAAUCGCCCAGCAUCAUUUAGCAUUAUCUUGUGUCACCCUCCACUGCUGCCUCCACAGAGUUUUUUUCCCUGCAAUCUAUUACUUUAAGAUGGAAACAAAGAAAACAUUCUCAGUGGUUGAAUUUGCAGAUGACAAUUCUGUGGAAAUUGUCCCAACCACAUGGCUGGAGGAAACCAACAAAGGAACCAUUUGCUUUUGGACGUUUUUAAAUACAAGGCAGCUUGUGAGAAAUAAAGCACUGCCUGACAAGCAAAAGUGGAGGCAGUUAUCAUUAAAGAAAAUUUGGCUACAAACAGACUCGUAUACCAAAGCCUUGCAAAAAUGCCAGCUUGUUGCAGAAACAUCCAAUAUUGAAACAGAGGACACAACACAUAAAAAGAGGGCACACAAAAAGCCUUGGAGAUAUCAGUCAGAAACUGAAAUCUCCUCAGAAGAUGAAAGCAGAGUUAUAAAGAAAAAAAAAGUGUCAAAACCUGUUCCACCUAAAUACAAUCAAGAAAAGCCAAGUUCUCCGGAUUUAUUCUCAGAGGCAUCAUUGCCACAGUUCUCACUGCAGAAUGUGUCACCACCCCAACAAGCAGUGUCAAAUCUGUUAAGAGAGCCAGAGUCCUCAUCUGAUGAAGCCACAAAGAACUACCGCACAAAGGUCUUACAGAAGUUGCAAGAACUCUGUGAGAACCAGCAAGAUAUCCUUGCUAUGCAACGGAAAAUUCUGGCUGCUGUGGCUGUUCCAGGGGUUGGAGCAGAGGAGGAGGUUCUAGAAAAUGGACCCUGUCAAACCAUUGAACAAAUUAAACAGCUUGACAAAUCAUUCGACACUCCAGAAAAAAGGACAAAGAUGGUGAACUAUCUGCGCUCAAUCGGGGGUUCGAAUCCAGGAGCAGCUGUUCGGAAAAUGCUGCGUAAAGUGGCAACCAAUGAGGUCCUGGGUGCAUUCAGCCUUCGGGGGAAGAAAUCAAAACUAGCCUUCCAAGACCUCAGGAUUUGUUCCAUUAUUAUAGGAGCAACACAGAAGAAUUUUAAAUCACUGAAGUCAGUUGAGGUGGAGGAUCUGAUUUCACUGGCCCUAAAAUUUGCCCCCCACAGGAAUUGAAAAUGAUGACUGAGGCAGAAGAAGAGAAAGACGAGUACAGUGGAAAAUGAUUAUAAACAUUUUGUAGUUAGUUGGUAAUAAUUUAUAUUUAUAGGUAAUUUAUAGUUAAUUUAUUUGUUCAUGCUACAUGCUUGCUUUUGUAUGUUUAUAUAAAAUUAUUUAUUAUAUAUUACUCAUUCCUAUAUUAUAUAUAAUUUAUUUAUUGAUGAUUAAAUGUUUUGGAAUUCGACAAUAAAUCUAUGAAUAUGAA